CUGGUUUGUUUAGCGCGCGUCGAUGUUUAUCGCUUGGGCCCGAAUUUCGUCGAACUAAAUGGUACGGGAAGGGGUUAAUGCAAUCAACAAGCCUGGAAGGAAAAUAGAUAUUUACGAAUUUCUUUAGGAUAAUAAUUUUUGUCAAAUUUACAUAACUUUCAGGUGUAUUACAUAUUUUCUAUAUUAUGAAAAUUGUCGACCUCGAGUGUGAUAAUAUGUAAUACUAGAGAGAAAAUGAGAGAGCUCACACUUAUGUUCUAGUUGUUUCCAGUCUGUUUAAGGUACUUUUUAUAUUUAAAGUUGUUUAAAGAAGUUAUUUCUACGAUUUGAAGUAAACCGCAGAACAUAACAGGCACACGUGACUCACGUAAGAUAUGUUGAGAAAGCAAACAGUUUAUUUUCUAAUUCACUUUUAGAAACAAAUAAUUUUAAUAAUGGAUAUAAUAAUUGAUACGGAAGGCCAAGCAGAUUUAUUGACGAAAGAUCAUUUGGUAGACAGCGAUGAGGACGACUUAGACUUUGAAAAUGACGCAGGUACACAGUCGGUCAAAUUCUUUGACAUAGAGGAAGAUUUAAUCCAAGAUGAGGUUCCAAUUCAAAAAGUGAUUCGCAACCCAACUAAGGAUAUCGAUCUUGAGGAAUUUGAAAAAGAUAUGGGUUGGUCAAACAAAACAGUAUCCUCAAAAAGAAGGGCUCAUACAGCAACUCCUGCUCCAGAUGUAACCAAACUGACAAAAGAAUUGACAUCGAUAGAUCAGGUACUUAAAAAAAGUGUCAUAGCACCUGGUUUUGAACAGCUUAAUGCUGUACCUCCUUAUAUGUUAACUGAAAGAUUAUUACAAGCUCAGAGACGCAAAGAGCGUGCUAAAACUAAAGGCAAAAGUUGGUUUAAUAUGCCUGCUCCUGAAUUGACACCAGAAGUCAAAAAUGAUCUUCAAGUUAUAAGAAUGAGAUCAGUGUUGGAUCCAAAACAUUUCUAUAAAAAGAAUGAUCUUAAAACAAUACCAAAGUACUUUCAAAUUGGUAAAGUUAUGGAUUCACAUUUGGAUUACUACUCUGGUCGUCUUACUAAGAAAGAACGUAAGAAGACAAUUGUUGAUGAACUUAUGGCUGAUGCUGAAUUUUCUAAGUUUAAUAAACGUAAAUAUAAAGAAAUCAUUGAUGAGAAGAGAAAGUUGCAUUAUAAAGCUCAUAGACAUGCAAGGAAACUUAAAGGGAGGAAGAAAAAAUAAAUACUAAUUGAAAAUAUGUAUUUUAACGUUUGUAAAAUUUGCAUUAUAAAAAUUACAACAAUGUGUAUAUUUA